CCCAGGCCCAGGGAGUUGAGUGGAAGGCCUGGGGGUCUGCGCUCUGACUGCUCUGCCACUUCCCCAUUGGCUCCUGGCAGCCUGUGCUCUGCGAGCGAGCGCUGAGAGGGCUGAGCGACAGGGGGAGACUCUCGCCCAUAAAAGGGGGGGAAAGGCUCCAGAACUGCCAUUCUAAGAGGACUUGGUAGCCCUCACAGCUUCCUCUGUGGCGCUUCUCUGAGUUAGAGUCAGGGUGCCUCCUGAAUCUUGGAUUGGCCACCCCACCAUCAGACCAGCAGAAGCUUACGGGGGACAAAGCAGUGUACAGGUCAUUCAUCUCCAGGCUUUGAGAUCUGCGUGGGGGAACCCCUUGAGGCAGCUACAGCGGGCAGAAGAGAGACAGAAUGGCGUGCUUCGCACUGAUGCUGGCCGCUUGCCUCCUCGUGGUGGUACCCUCCAACGACGCAGCCGAUUGCCUGUCCCUGUGCUCUCUGUGUGCAGUGAGGACUCAGGAUGUGCCCCAUCCCAUCAACCCCCUGAUUUGCUCCCUGGAGUGCCAGGACCUGGUGCCACCGUCAGAGGAGUGGGAGAGAUGCCAGCGCUUUUUGUCCUUUCUUGCCCCCUCUGCCUCUGGGCUCCGUGGCAAGAAUGACCUGGGGAACGAGGUUGCUUUGGGAAAAGGCUACAAUGCGCUGACCGAGUUUUUGGAGCCCCUCCUGAAGGAGCUGGAGAAAAGCCGAAUCCUCAGCAGAGUCUCAGAGGAAAACCUCAGGGGUCUCUCUGGCAGGUUUGGGGAUGGAAAGGAGUCUGAGCUGGUGGGUGCUGACUGGAUGAACGAUGGAGCCACGCAGGCUGACACACUGCAUUUCAACGAGGAGGACUUGAGGAAACAGGCCAAACGCUAUGGCGGCUUUUUGCGCAAAUACCCCAAGAGGAGCUCAGAGAUGGCUGGGGACGAGGAUGGGGGCCAGGAUGGGGAUCCCGUAGCGCACGAGGACCUGUACAAGCGCUAUGGGGGCUUCUUGCGGCGCAUUCGCCCCAAGCUGAAGUGGGACAACCAGAAGCGCUAUGGCGGCUUCCUUCGGCGUCAGUUCAAGGUGGUGACUCGGUCCCAGGAGAACCCCAAUACCUACUCUGAAGAUCUAGAUGUUUGAUGCAGAACACUUCCCCACCAUGGAGUUAGGUUAGCAGUUUCCCCCGCCCCAGACCUCUUCCUGUACUAGCAGCCGCUUCUGCAGCCUCUUGGGCGUGUCCCACUCCUUGCUCCAUUCAGCACCCAGAGGAAACCGUCUAAGCCCAGCCCAGCCCUGCUUUGCCUAGGAGUGCAGGAUUUGUUUGGAGUCAGUGAUAGAGAAGAGUGGUCCCUUGCCAAUAGGCCCAGUGUCUGGCUCAAACCCUUAGACCUCUAAACUACCACUAUCAGUGGUAGCUUUUUGACAUCAGCCCAACCACUCUGUCCCUGUGCCACCACCACCACAGAAUCCAGAGAGAUUUGUUCUUUGUUCCUGUAGAUCUGUGAUCCCCAAACUUCACUGAUCAUGUGCUCCUCUCGAGGAAAAAUGAGCACUCCCUGAUAGUAUGAAUGCAUGAGACAGAGCAGAAACUUAAGAUACACGCAAAUAGAAAUCCUAGCUGUAUUCUCGGUCAGGAGCUCAUUUUAUGCACCCUGCUGUGGAGGCCACAGGCAAAUGGAAAGCCUUUUCGGGGCGGGCAGUGAUUAUGACCCCAGAGAGGCCAGGCCUCUAGCACGCUCAAUGUUCAGUCUGAGCACCCAGAGUUCUCAUGCUUUCAAAUGUGUCCCUGGAAAAGCCCCACUCCUAGACCCUGUGUUAGUUAGGGUGGUGCCUUUCCUGCAGGAGUGAAAGCCCCUUGCUCAUGAUGACAAGCCAUGAGCUUCUAAAGGCUGAAGCGCUAAGAGGGGAGCAAGGCAAACCAAUUUGCUCUGUGCAACAAAUUCAGAAUUUGGGCCAGUUCCCACAGCCCUCGUUAAAAACGAUCAGUAUCACACUUCCACCCCAUGAGGAACUGAGUCUGAGUGGAGCCGAGGCAGCUAAGCACAGCUGUGUUCUUCAGUAGUUGAGUUGGCUGUGGGAGCCAGAGCCAUUUGGCCCAGCUUCUGAACUGGCACUGGGAAAGGGGAUCCAGAAGCCGCAGCAGAAGGAGGGUCUGUCCCACCACAACACUGCAGCCAGCCUUAUUCUCUGUGUCUCCAAAUAAAAGCAGAGAGUGGAAAGCAAUCUAGUGUUCAAGACUCACUGGAUUCCCUUGAUUCAGAUAACCCAGAUGAGAGGCAAAGUCCUCUGGUUUCAGAUCUCCCCAUCUCCAGACAGAUGUUGAUAGUGAUAAGUUAGGGACUUGAGGCUGGUGGGAGAGGAAAUAGACUGGAUUUGCAUAUUUGCAUAAGAUGUCUUUAGUGGUCCCAUUCCAGGCAUAGGCCAUAACCUGUAGAGCUCUUCAUGUGUUCAGAAAUCUGUGGAUUGUUUUAGGAUGACUUUGUGUGCUGCUUAAAAACCACAUUUGUCCAACUUACUUGGAAUAUGUGAGUUCUUAAUAAGCCUGUGUAAUUUCCUGCUUCUCUGGUAUAAUAAAUAAAGUUAUGCUGAUGA